CUCUUUCAUUGGUCGACAACUGAGCAGUCCUCUGUUGUUCAGUACAAACUGUAGCGAACCAGCCCAACAAUAAAUUACCGCUAUAUUAGACGUAGAUGAACUCAGACUUCGCCGUUCGUCCACUGUUUUAAAUUCUUUAACUCAUAUUUAGAUGCGCGCAACUUGUUUCGCGCAGGUAUUUGUCUUCCAGGAAACUAUGCUAGCACUGCUAGCUCUCUGCUGUUGAGUCUGCCGGGCUUUCGCUGAAGGCACCGGGGUCAGAAAUUAAUGCCAUCAGCCAGGAACUCAGGUCAUAUUAUGAGUGGGGCCAGUUGCAAAGUUAACGGCGCCGUGUACCCCGCAUCAUCGGCGGUUAUGAACUCUGUAAAGAAGCCGAAGAUGGAGCAGAUCCAGGCCGACCAUGAGCUCUUCCUGCAGGCCUUCGAAAAACCAACUCAGAUAUAUAGAUUUCUACGCACAAGAAAUUUGAUUGCACCCAUAUUUUUGCACAGAACUCUCACCUUUAUGUCACACAGAAAUGGUCGAACAAAUGCCAAAAGGAAAAAAUUUAAAGUGGAUAAUAUGUUGCAGACAAUAGAAAAGAUGAAAGGGGAGCAGGAUUCGCCAAGUUUGUCUUCUCAUCUACAGUUAACAUUCACUGGGUUCUUUCAUAAGGAUGAAAAGCCAUCCCAAAAUUCAGAAAAUGAGCAACAUUCUGUGUCUUUAGAGGUGCUUCUUGUCAAAGUUUGCCAUAAAAAACGCAAGGAUGUCAGCUGCCCAGUUAAACAAGUGCCUACAGGUAAAAAGCAGGUGCCUUUGAACCCGGACAGUAACCAAGCCAAGCCCGGUUCCUUUCCUUCCCUGCUGGUCUCCGGCAACGAGUUUGAGCCCAGCAACAGUCACAUGGUGAAGUCUUAUUCGCUCCUGUUCAGGGUGUCUUGUACUGGGAGAAGGGAAACCAACACUCUGCUCAACGGAGAAGCCAACGAGAAUAUUGAUGUAACCGACACUCCCACCAGAAGGAAGAGAAACUCCUCACACAAGGAAGAUGGAGAGAAUACUGAGACUUAUGUUGCACAGAUGACUGUUUUCGACAAGAAUAGGAGAUUACAGCUCCUGGAUGGGGAGUAUGAGGUGUCCAUGCAGGGGCUGGAAGAUUGUCCCGUGAGCAAGAAGAGAGCCACAUGGGAAACAAUCUUAGAUGGCAAGAGGUUACCUCCGUUUGAGACAUUUUCUCAGGGACCCACUUUGCAAUUCACGCUGAGAUGGACGACCGACGCCAGCGGCAAGUCCACGGCUACUGUGGCCAAGCCUCUGGCGACGAGGAACUCGGACAGCUCAAGUCCCAUGGAAACCAGGACCAGCCACCACCGAGCAGCCCUUAUGUCUGUAAAGGAGUCGGUCAGCAAUGACGUCCAUGCUAGGAAGGAGCUGGUUUCAUUUGAGCCGCGGCAGAAGCUACGCAUCUUUUAUCAGUUCCUCUACAACAACAACACACGGCAGCAAACGGAAGCGAGAGAUGAUCUCCACUGUCCGUGGUGCACCCUCAACUGCAGCAAGUUGUACAGUCUGCUGAAGCACCUCAAACUGUCCCACUCUCGCUUCAUCUUUAACUAUGUGCCUCACCCCAAGGGAGCAAGAAUCGACGUGUCCAUCAAUGAGUGCUAUGAUGGCUCUUACGUCGGCAAUCCUCAGGACAUCCACAGUCAGCCUGGCUUUGCUUUCAGCCGCAACGGUCCGGUGAAAAGAACCGCGGUCACUCACAUACUGGUCUGCAGACCUAAGAGGACUAAGCCGAGCCUGUCAGAGUUCCUGGAGUCUGAGGAUGGAGAGUUGGAGCAGCAAAGGACCUACGUCAGUGGCCACAACCGCCUCUACUUCCACAGUGACAGCUGCAUGCCUCUGCGGCCUCAGGAGAUGGAUGUGGACAGCGAGGACGAGAAAGAUCCCGAGUGGCUCAGAGAGAAGACGGCCACGCAACUGGAUGAGUUCACUGAUGUGAACGAGGGUGAGAAGGAGGUGAUGAAGCUGUGGAACCUUCAUGUCAUGAAAUAUGGCUUUAUAGCCGACAACCAGAUGAACCAGGCCAUCAUGCUGUUCGUGGAGAAGUGUGGCCCUCACAUCAUACACAGAAACCUCUGCCGCAACUUCUUGCUGCAUCUAGUAAGCAUGCACGACUUCAACCUGGUGAGCACGGCCACCAUCGACCGCGCCAUGGUGCAGCUGAGACAGAUCCGAGACGAGCUCCCGGAGCCAAAAGAGGAGCAGCCGGAAGCCGCCGGUGCAGCGACCGGGACCUGCAACGGCACCGCUCUCACCUGUACCGGAGGAAAGACCGGCAAGAGGACAAAAAGCGGGCUGUCGGAAUGAUGAUGGACGGAACCCCCAUUUGUACAUUUUUACCCCUCUUUUAAUAAACACUUCUGGUGCUUAGAUAGGUGAAGACUUGGUCGUCCGACCAGCAUACAAGGUAAACAGUUUUCUGAAACUGGUAUUGAACCAAAUAUAAAAGCCUGCCACCUACUCUCACUCAAACACGGAAACUAAGAACUGGAUGGUGCAAGUGGAGUGUCGGAGCCGCUCAGAUAUCCGCUUGUGUGACAGAGGGAUUUCACUUGAGUAUGACUUGAAUCGGCUGCCUUAGUAUCACUUUCCGGUCGACAACUAUUGUCAAGGCUGCAGUUAAAACUGUACGUGUGUUGUUUUAAGUGUACACAUGGACAAUAACCUUGUUGAAUCCUCCUUUUUAGCUGGAUAUGUUAGCACUUGUUAGAUGGCUUUUUUUAUAAAUCCGUUUUUUUUUUAAACUUAUGCUGCCUCAAAAUUCAAAUGCAGCUCCUCCAUCAAUGUCUGGAAUCAUGAUUAUCUCACUGGUGACUGACAGUUAAUUUAAGUGUACAGAAAAUGGGACGUUUGGAAAACCACCACCACCACCACGACGUGGCGCUCUUUGGUCCUCUUCAAUCACGUGAUUCCUGCUUUGUUUCCAUGAAGUGAAGAGAUGAUUUCACACUCAAACUUCCGCAGCCCUCAGCCUUUUGUCUCUACCGAUAAAUAGCUCAAGGAAUGAACUUUUGUAAUACUCUUUCUAAGACUCUCAAGUUACCAGCAAGUCAUCACCUCGCGUGUCAUGUACCUGUCAUUGGACAUGUAAUGUUUUCUGUUGAUUUUUUUCAUUUGACGUUGAGAGGAACUCAUGGUAGUGUUUUGACUGCCCAGGUUUUAUACUUCAAUAGCACCAAAUGUUUAGCUGUAUCAUCUGAAUCAAAGUCAACAGGUUACUUGGUCUUUAUUGCAAUAGAUUGGUUGGCUGACAUCCAACUGGACCACAGGCUCUGGCCGAUGCCAAAGGGGUUCUCUACACCAGGCUUCUUCCUCUUUGUACUGACCUUUUCCUCUAUUCCUUCUACUCCGUUUUGUAGUGACGACAUUGAUCAUCGCGACUGACUUCCAUGAUGGACAACCAAAUCAACUGUUUUUCUGUCAAAGUCUGUGAGGGUUUCUUUUUUUGCAUUGUGUCAAAGGAUGACAACUUCUGUUCAAACACCCUGAUUAUCGUCAACUGUACUCUCUGGCUAUGGGGUUUUAUAUUUAAAAAAAAAAGAA